CGCAUGCGUGCAGCCCGCUGGAGGCGGCGAGGGGAGGCGGUGGUGGUCUUGAGGGCAGCUAUGAGCGGGUUCGGGGCUGUGGGCCCGCUUUCGGGCUCCUCGGCUACGGCCGGGGCCCGGAACGGCAGCAGCGACAGCCUGGAGAAGAUCGACAUGUCCCUCGAUGAUAUAAUUAAACUGAACAAGAAAGAAGAAAGAAAACAAUAUUCUCCCAAAGUGAAGAGAGGGCUUCAACAAACUCGAACACAACAGUUCAGGACACCUGGGUCCAAGUGGGGAAUCCAGCAGCAGAAAGGUUAUGGUAAAAAUCGCCUGGGACGCAGAAAGAAGAUAACAGGGAAGAAACGUUCUUAUGGAGUUGUAACUGGCUUGGCAGCCAGAACAGUGGGCUCACACAAAGGAAUUAGUCCUCUGAACAGACAGCCCCUCAGUGAGAAGAAUGCCCAGCGGAAUUACCCAGUCUUGAAAAAGAAAACAAACCUGCAGAGACAAUCUGAAAUGCAGAGAAAACAAGCUCCAGCCCUCAGGAGACCUGCCCCACUCAACAGAAGGAAUAACAUACCGUCCACUCUUGCCAGAUUGGGCAACAAGCUAAAUCAGCAGAGAGACACUCGUCAAGCAACUUUCCUGUUUAGAAGGGGUCUGAAGGUGCAGGCCCAAGUGCAGUCAACAGAUGAUCUUGAUAAUCAGACAGUAAAGAGAACUCGUCAAUGGCGAACUUCCACCACGAGCGGAGGGAUUCUGACAGUGUCCAUUGAUAACCCAGGAGCAAUAAUAACCCCAAUUUCCCAGAAAUUAAGAUUAACUCGUACUCCUGUGCCACCGUUUCUGAUGAAGAGGGACCAAUCUGAAGAGAAGAAGAUUCCCAAAGGGGUUCCAUUGCAGUUUGAUAUUAAAUAGUGUUGGAAACAGACAGGGAUGACUCUGAACGAACGUUUUGGGAUCCUGAAGGAACAAAGAACAACACUGUCUCAGAACAAAGGAAGCCGUUUUGUAACAGUGGGCUAAUCUGACAGAUGGACUUGAACUCAUCCCACCUGCCUAGGAAACAGAGGAAAAAUGGGCAGAAGAUUACAACAUAUGUCACUGAAAUUAUCCAGACUACUUUCUAAGAUGGUGGCAGAUCUGUCUUUGUUACUUUUACUUUGAAUGGUAAAAGACAUGGUGCCCUGAGGGGGGUGGGAGAGAAGGGGAAACUGAUCUGGAGUGGCACGAUCACCUGGUUGGAAAAGAUUCUGUUGCCCAGAUGAUGACAAACACAUCAGUUUAUCUUGCAACUGAAACGCAAAUGGGAAUUUCAAAAGUCUUG